CCAAAUGCUGGGGCAGAGAGUAAACGUUCAGCAGUUAGUACGGAUUAUACCGAUACAAAAGCGCCUGCAAACAAGUGCAGCGAGCAGCGCUGUAAAUGUAUCGGAAAACGAACCAUCCAUAACAAGACCUGCGGGCUGGGAUCAGGCGCGCCCAUACAAUGAGAUACCGAAGGUGUCCCUGAUCCACUUUAUGUACAAUUUAAUGCCCGGAGGCAGGUACAGCAAGAUGCAAUUUUCGGAUAUUAUGUUGGACAUGCGUCGCCAGCAUGGUCCCCUUUUCAGAUUGCCAGUCUUGGGCAGAAAUGAGUUUCUGGUCUCCAACGAUCCGCAUCAUUUCGAGCAAGUUCUACGCGCUGAAGGACCCUGGCCAGAGCGUCCUGGAAAUCAUGUAUUGCACUAUCAUCGAACUGAGGCUCGCAAGGAAUUUUACAAAGGCGUUGCAGGAAUAUUAUCAACACAAGGAGAGGACUGGGCAAAAUUCCGCUUUAGUGUUAAUCCAGUAAUGAUGCAACCGAAAACUGUGCGCCUGUACUAUCAAAAAAUGUCAGACGUUAACAAGGAGUUCAUUCAGCGCAUACGAGAUAUACGCGAUAGCAAUACAUUUGAGGUUCCCGACACUUUUGAGGAGGAAAUCAAUCGCUGGACUCUAGAAUCCGUUUCGGUGGUAGCUUUGGAUAAACAAUUAGGUCUGAUGAAUGCGAAUCGCGAUAAUCCACAGGCCAAGAAACUGUUCAACGUUCUCAAUCUUUUCUUUGAGUUGUCGGGUGAUCUUGAAAUGAAGCCUUCGAUUUGGCGUUACGUAGCGACGCCCAAAUUCAAGAAGCUCAUCAAAGCCCUUGACGAUAUCCAGGAAAUAACAGUUGGCUUUGUUAACGAGGCUGUGGAGCGUCUAGAACGCGAGCCAUCCAACAAGCCAGAGCACGAGCAGAGUGUACUUGAGAAACUCUUAAAAACCAAUAAACAGAUCGCCAUUGUCAUGGCCAUAGACAUGCUAAUGGCCGGCGUGGAUACGACAACUACCGCUUUUACUGGUGCACUCCUCUGUCUUGCCAAAAAUCCGGAAAAGCAAGCGAAACUGCGUGAGGAAGUCCGCCGCAUCUUACCAAACAAAGACUCCGAGUUCACAGAAGCCUCUAUGAAGAAUGUGCCCUACUUACGGGCCUGCAUCAAGGAAUCACUGCGUCUUUAUCCCUUGACAUUGGGUAACGGUCGUGUCACCUAUUCGGAUCUUGUGCUCAAUGGCUACCAGGUUCCCAGCAAAACACAGGUUCUGAUGUUGUCCUCCGGACUGCUCACCGAUGAUCAACAUUAUCCAAGAGGCAAAGAAUUCUUGCCCGAGCGUUGGCUACGCCAAAGUAAAGAAGAAACGUCAGAUGGAAAAUGCCCCCACGCUCUUAAGGCGAGCAGUCCAUUUAUCUACUUGCCGUUUGGAUUUGGUCCACGUAUGUGCAUUGGCAAACGAAUUGUCGAAAUGGAAUUGGAGCUGGGCCUCGCGCGGCUUAUUCGAAACUAUAAUGUUGAGUUCAAUUAUCCCACCGAAAAUGCAUUCAAGAGCGUGCUCAUAAAUGUGCCUAACAUACCUCUGAAAUUCAAGUUUACGGACAUAGCGGACUAAAAUAUUGU